AUGCUCGCGUUCAAGUCUUCAGUCCGACCGGCUGGAUCAUCGUUCCGUCGAGUGAUCACAGCAGUACGGAGGCUUCACAUUCAUGAACACCAAGCAAACGAUCUUUUGAGACACCAUGCGAUUAGAAUUCCUGCAGGCGGGAUUGCCCGCACGCCGGCGGAGGCUCGCGCCGUUGCGGAACAGCUUGAGAAGAGUGGGAAGACGGCGUAUAUGGUAAAGGCACAGGUGUUGGCCAAUCAGAGGCAGACGGGGACAUUCGAGAAUGGUGUAAAGGGUGGAGUCAGGGCAGCAAGCAGUGCCGAGGAUGUUGAGCGUGCCGCCCGGGACAUGCUCGGACACCGUCUCACUACGCCAGCACCCACCACCAACCCAGCUGGACUCCCCACAGCAUCCGUGCUUGUGACAGAGAAGCUCGAUGGCCGUCAGCUUUACCUCGCCAUCACAUGUGAUCGCAAAACCUGCGCACCCAUCGUCGUCUGCUCCCGCCGCGGCGGCAUUGAACUGGAGAACCUCGACCCAGAAAGCAUCCAUCGCAUUCAAAUCAAAUACUCCAAAGGAAUCACCGACUACGUCGCUGCUAGCGUCGCCAGUGCCCUUGGUUUGGGUAUCGACCAAAUGAAGAACACCCUCGAAAAACUCUGGACAAUCUUCAAAGAGAAGGAGGCACUCAUGUUGGAGAUCAACCCUUUGAUCGAGACAACUGAGGGCAAGGUGGUUUGUGCUAGUCCGAAGUUUUCAUUCGACAAUGCUGCGAGGAGUAGACAGCCUGAGUUAUUUGGGGCCGCGUCUAAACACGACGGGUCGACUGGAUUGAGGGAUGUUUCGCAGGAGGUUGCGGAGGAGGUGAAAGCGGAGGAGGCUGAUCUGGUAUACAUCAAGAUGUUUGAGGGGAAUGUUGGUACGCUCGUUAACGGAGCCGGCUUGGCAAUGUCGACCCUCGAUACCAUCGCUCACUAUGGUGGAGCUUCGGCCAACUUCUUAGAUGCCGGAGGUCGAGCAACCUCAGAAACCAUCAAACAGGCUCUGACGCUUAUCCUCUCCGACAAGAGAGUCAAAUCAGUCCUCGUUAACAUCUAUGGUGGUCUCACACGAGGAGACAUGAUUGCUAACGGUAUCAUCCUGGCUGCGAAGAGUCUUGAUAUCCACGUACCCGUAGUGGUCCGGAUUCAGGGAACGAAUUCUAAGGAGGGACAGCAAAUUAUCAGGGAAAGCGGAUUGGGAUUGAUCAGUUGUGACGGGAUGGAGGAGGCAGCGAGGAAAGCGAUCGAGUUGGCGAAUGCUGAGGCCUAG